AUAACUCGGUCAAUCAACGGGAUUUUUAGUUGCCACAAUUUUACGCGUCGCAGUGCCCUAGUCAACGCGACUCAGUCCACGGUGGCGACGGCCGUCCAUUAUCGAAACGAUGAGACAAUAAAAUACUGACUCGUCAAUAAACAUUAAACCGAGUAUCUGUUCAACGACAAAUUACGUGUCUUCCGCUCUCUGUUUUUGUUGUUGUACUUUUCUCCGUUUUCAAUUCUUAGCACUCACCAAUAACGGUCUGCGACUGUGGAUACGACGUGUCAGCAGCAGCUGUGCUGUGUAAUAGGUGACGUUUGUAGACUUCUAGUUUAUCGUUUGGUGGAUGUGUCGGUCUUUCAGGUGAAAGAGGUACAACCGCCCGUGCAUAAUGGCCGAGAAGAGAAAAGGCAAACGGCGACGUGAUGAGGAGUACAGCUUGGACCCUGAGGCCGCAGCUGAUAAACCGAGCAAAACCGAGUACUCUGUGGCUGCCUGGUUGCGCAAGCACGCUCCACACAAAAAGACAAAAUUUGCCGGACACAAUGUCGAGUACUUUACAGGUAGCAAAGCUGUUGACAGUCUAUUGGAAUCAAAAUGGGCAACCAGUGAGAAAUUGUUCACUACCAGACAGGAGAUCGAAACUUUUUUGGACUUAAUGUUGAAGCAUCAGUUUUAUCACCGUGCCAAGAAAGUGCCGAUAUCUGAUCAGGAACUAAAAGCUAUGAAAAAUAAGAAAUCCAAAAAGUCAAAUGAUACUGAUAAAGAUGAGAAGAAAAAAACAGAUAAAAAGAAAAAAGAUAAGAAAGAUGAUGAAAGCGAAGAAACUAGUAAAGAUGAUAAAAUUGAUGAUGAUAAAAUCAAAUCCACUGAAAUUGAACGGAAAAAAAAAAGUCGUAAAAUACGUUUAGAAAUGCAUAUGGAACAAUCAUUUGUUGACAAUUUGGAUGCAUAUGUUUGGAUUUAUGAUCCUAUUCCAUUUUAUUAUUGGGUAAUAGGAACAUUCAUUGUAUUUGGAGGAAUUGGAAUUUGUUUAUUCCCAUUAUGGCCACCACAAGUGAGAAUGGGUGUGCAGUACUUAAGUAUAGCAGCGGCAGGAUUCCUUAUAUUCAUUAUUGUUUUGGCCAUUCUUAGAUUAGUCUUAUUCAGUUUGCUUUGGAUAUUGACAACAGGCAAAUUACAUUUUUGGCUAUUCCCAAAUUUAACAGAAGAUGUUGGCUUCUUUGCUUCAUUUUGGCCCAUUUAUACAUAUAGUGUAUUCUAUAAAAAAAGUGCUAAAAAGGGAAAGAAAAAAAAGGAGAAAUUAUCAGAUGAUGAGGAUGAAGAUGAUAAAAAACUGGAUGAUUGUGAUGAAGAAAAAAAAUCUUCAGAAUCUGAAAUCGACGAAAAGGUUCCUGAAACUGAAACAUUUGAACAUGACAACACAUUAUUAGAUACAGAAUCUGGGCAAUUUGAAAAUCCAAAAUGUUCUGAAGAUUCCUCUUCAACUGAUACUGAAUCAAGUAGCCAGCAGUCGCACAGUGGUAAUGAUUUUGUCAUGGUGGAAAAACAUGAUGCCCAAGACACAUAAUAAUAAGUAAUUAAGUAUAAUUUAU